AUGGCCAUGUCUCAAAACAGCUAUUCCCAAUCUUUGAUGGGUUUCUCCGUCCACCAACCCGCUCCUGGCGCUCUGCUGCAGUUCUUCCCUGAGAUGGGUUCUCAGCAGCUCGAUGAGAUGAUCGACGCCUAUGUCCCUGGAACAGCCUCCAUCCAGGACAAGCGCACCACCGUCUCCUUGGAGUUCUGCGAGCACUCAAUGGUCACUGGCGAGAUGUACAAGUUCUUCCUUGUCUACCCUGCCGCCGGUUCCAGCACCGCCUCUCCCGCUAGCACCAUGCAGGAUUCUGGAUACGCCUCCAGCUUCAACACCUCUCCCGUCCAGAGCCAAAAUAUGUGGAACGAGACCACCAUGGACUGGCCUUUCGCCGCCGCCUCCCCCAAGAAGGCCCGGACAUCCGCAAAGAAGGCUGCCCCUUCCUCGUCACGGACACAGACCGGCGAUUUCUCUCACAUUCCUGGAAUGAAGAUCAUGACCAAGGAGGGCGUCGAUGUUACCAAUGCAGCCUCUCGUGGUUGCAAGACCAAGGAGCAGCGGGACCACGCACAUCUCAUGAGAAUCAUCAAGGCCUGCGACUCGUGCAAGAGAAAGAAGACGCGCUGUGAUCCCAGCCACAAGAAGCGCGGUUCUUCUAUCGCUGCAUCUCCCGAACCCAGAGUGUCCAGCAAGAAGGUGAAGAAGGCCGCUCCACCACCAAAGAAGAAGCAAUUGUCUCCAGCAGCUCAAGCCGAGAUUACCUUUGAUUCCACCCUGGACCCCAUGAUGGCCGAGUCUCUCUCCUUUGACGCUGACUUGACAGCUGCGGCUGAGUCGACAGUCAACGACUGGGAUCAAUUCAUCACUUUCAACGACGAGAUCACCGACGUUCCUCAGGACUACGACUUCUUCUUCGACACGACAAGCUACUACUCACCGAUGACUACUGAGGGCUCCGCAUCGGCCUCAUCAAGCCAGAUUCUCACCCCAGGCCAGAGCCAGCCAGUAACACCGGCGCACGCCUCCGAUAUGGUUGGUGGCACCGAAAUUGUUGCUACUGACCUGCUUGGCUUGGGCAGCAGCUACCAAAAGCCAACGCUCCCAUACCUUCAAGACGCCAAUGUCGAGGCUGGCAACAACUACGUCGACUUUGCCCUAUACUCGCCAGGCUCUUCUUGUCUGGAUGAGGACCCGGCCAUGUCAACCGAGCUUUCGGCUUCACGAAGCCCCGAGGAGUACAUCGGAGACCAAAGAUCGACUAGCUCCAUUCCAGGCGUUCAGUCGACAUCUCGUGGCGGCGUCAACAUAUCUUCGCAGCAAUUUAGUCCUCGCGUCGUCGACCGCCGCAAUGCAUCUACGCUAGGCGACGUCCAGAGUGUCCUUGCACGCGACGGGCUUACUCAAUCGUCUGAUCAGACAUACUAUGAUCCAGGCCACGAUCGAGAUCAGGGCUUCCGACAAUCAGGCCAACAAGUCUCUGACCUGAGCUGGAACACUCGAGCUUCGCCUCACCCCAUUGAGUCGCGGGUUCCUGGUGGCACCGUCUCGCCAAGUGACACUCUCCUGAGACUACCUCCACGACCAGGAGUUCAUUCGACAAGACUUGCUGGAGACAUGGUUCAUGCGGCAUCUGUGCUUGCGAACGGCAUUGAAGCCAACUCAUCACGACAUCCACUAGCCACCUCAGCGCAGACCGAACAGCUGCUUGUGACGGACCGCCAACGGGCCUCAACAUUGAGGACGGCUGAUGUUUCCGACAGUGCAGUGGCUGCUGCAGGACUGACUGCCAGUUCUCUGUCGCCCCGCACCUCGUCAGGCUCAGGAAUUGGACACCAACUCACGAGACCUGUGCACCAAAGACUACGCAAGGGACUUGCUUCCGACCGGACAGACAGUGCCGUGUCGCCAAGUGCCAGGACUAGCACCGCCAAUGACGAGGACCUUGUCUUUGGAACUCAAAUCAUUGCUAGUAGCAGGCGUGCGCAACAGGAUAUUUCUGGCACCAUUGCUAGUAGCAGGCGUGCGCAACAGGAUACUUCUGGCAUCGUUGCCAACGUUGCCAACGAGAGAGUUCUUGGACAAGAUCUUUCUGCAGUCCAAAGCCAUAUUGCUCUAUCCCGUGGCCGCGAACUUCAAAGUCAGGUCGUGGCUGUUGCCUCAAGCAAGAUCAGAGCCGCUGUGGCUUCUGCAUCGAGCAACAUCAGCGCGACGAAGUCUGGCACUGCCGGGACACCCGCUGGACUUGCCGCCAUGCAAAACUCGUCUGGGCCAUCCCCAGUCAAUGGCCUCCAGUCAACAGCCACAAUGCUACCAAAGGUGUCGAAGCUAGCGGACAAUGCUACAUUUUCUGUACAAGGUGUACAGGAGACUUCUGCCGUUGCUCUGAUCUCAAGUUUCUUCGCACUUUCCUUAGCGUUCUCACUGUCGCCGCUUGCUGUUGGAUACAGUCCAUCCCUUGUCAGUAUGAUACUUGUCGUGCUGUCCUUUGCUGCAGUCUCAAGCUUGCAGCAAUACUCCAUCUCCUGUGGGGUCCAUUUGGGCCUGUUUACACGCAAUCUUUGCCUUGCUGGGCAGUUGUCUGGCAAUGCUGCCAACAAUGCCAAGUCCAAGAUCCAAGAAACCCAGUCUUGGCUCGCCAAGAGCUCUGGAAGGAACAACGCUCCGAGCAGAGCACAUGCGACCAGACACCUCAUCAACAGCAACCUUGGAGUUGCGAGAUUGGUACUGGUAUAA